UUUAUGUUAUUUCCACUCUCUCUCUCUAUACUUCUUCUUCUUCUUCUUCUUUAUUUCUCUCUCUCCUAAUUCCACAAUAUCUUUUCUCGUCUCUGAUCUACUGCAAUCACUUCUUGCAGUUUCACCUUAUCUUCCCCCAAUUGAUUUGAAUUCAAUUCAAUUCAAUCGAAAAUCAUACUCACCCUAGAGCUAGCUUCCUUCCUCUCCCGCUUCCAUCAAUGGCGGAUCCCUAUUCCAAUUACUUCAAUAAUGGAUCAUGGCCUUUCAAUCUCAACCCUAUCACCCCCUUCAACCCCUCCUCAUCAUCUUCCUCCAAUAUCUAUCCCUACACCUUCAAUUUCUACCAUCACCAUCAUCAUCAUCUCCAGUGCCCUAACAGCAGCAGCAGCCCCAAUUCUCUGCAAUCUCCUCCUUCCCCGCCACUUCGGGAGGCUCUCCCCUUGCUCAGCCUGAGCCCCACCAGACCCUCCGAGGAUCAAGAAUAUUCUUCAUCCUGCAGCGCCAUGGAAGUCGACAAGACAAUGAAAAUUAACAUUAACAGUAACAGUAACAGUACCCGAGUGGUGCAGGUGGAAGAAGAAGACGAAGAAGAAGAAGAACAGGUGGAAGAUGAAUCUGUGGCAGUAACUUUGAAUUUAGGGCUUUCAACUCCUUGCAUUAAUUUUGACCACCAAGACUCUGACCUGGUCUCGAGAAUGUCUUCUUCCUCUGGAAAUUACAGCAAUAAAGAAGAAGUUACUGUGGCUAACAGUGGAUAUAAUCCAACCAGUCCACUCAACAAAGGCCAGUAUUGGAUCCCAACCCCUGCCCAGAUUUUGAUUGGACCUACACAGUUUUCUUGCCCUCUUUGCUUCAAGACCUUCAACAGAUACAAUAACAUGCAGAUGCACAUGUGGGGACAUGGUUCACAGUACAGAAAGGGCCCUGAAUCCCUAAGAGGGACACAGCCAACAGCAAUGCUGAGGCUGCCAUGUUACUGCUGUGCACCAGGUUGCAGGAACAACAUCGACCAUCCGAGGGCCAAGCCAUUGAAGGACUUCAGAACUCUUCAGACACACUACAAGAGGAAGCAUGGGAUCAAGCCAUUCAUGUGCAGGAAAUGUGGCAAAGCCUUUGCUGUCAGGGGAGAUUGGAGGACUCACGAGAAGAAUUGUGGCAAGCUCUGGUACUGCACCUGUGGAUCUGAUUUUAAGCACAAGAGAUCCCUCAAGGACCACAUUAAGGCCUUUGGCAAUGGCCAUUCGGCUUACGGCAUCGAUUGUUUUGAUCAGGAGGAGGACGAGCCGGCCUCAGAAAUCGAGCAGGAUAAUUGCGAGUCUUCGCAGUGACUACAAUGAUCGAUCGCCGACGGAUUUUCGACUGUUUGACUGAUGCAAAAUGGUUUUCUUUUCUUUUUUUUUUUUUUUUUUGUUCAUCAUAAGUUUUUAAGUAGGAAGGGAAUUGAAGGGAGGAGCCAUUUUCAGGUUUUGUUAUAUAUAUUUUAUAUUAUAUAUAGAUAUAUUAUAUAUUUGCUCCUUCAUUUGAGUACUGAAAAAAAAAAUUGAAUUUAGUUUGGUACGUUUGAAUGCAGCAGCCUAUGGAAUUUGUCA